AUGAAAGUUGUUAUUGUCGGCGCUGGUCUUGGGGGCAUUGCUUGUGGUAUCGCAUGCCGACGUCAAGGGUUAGAUGUGACCAUUUUCGAACGAGCCCCCGAACUCUCAGAGGCAUGCAUUCAAGUUCCGCCUAAUGCAUGUCGCGUGCUGGAUUAUAUCGGUGUCUUUGAAAAGAUCAAAUGCAAAGCAACUGAGAUUCUUACCCGCCACCUCCGUCGCUGGGAUAAUGGCGAUAUCUUGGCUACACGCAAAUACGGCACUGUCUCGUAUGCCAAGUAUGGAUAUCCAGCCAUGGUCAUCCAUAGAGCAGACCUCCAACAUGGUCUCAUAGAAACCGCUGCAGAGCUUGGUGUUGAUAUUCGUACAGGCUGUGAUGUUUUGAAAGCCGACUUUGAGGCUACCGAGGUCAUUCUAACCAAUGGGCAACGUUUCAGAGCAGAUGUCGUUGUGGGUGCGGAUGGUAUUUGGUCUACUCUGCGUAGCCAAGUGGUAGGGCAAGCAAUUGAGCCUACAGAGACUGGAGAUCUAGCAUAUCGAGGCACAUUCACGCGCCAGCAGCUUGAAGAACUUGACGACGCUGAGGUCAUGCGAUUUUGUGAUGAGAAUAAGCAAACGCUCACGCUGUGGCUAGGCCCUUUGAAACAUGCUGUUUUCUAUGCCAUCCGGGGCGGCGAGCUUUGGAACCUGGUGUUGCUGACGCCGGAUAAAAUGCGAAAAGGCCAAAGAACUGAGAAGGGCGACUUGGCUGAGAUGUGUAGAGAGUUUGAGGGUUGGGAUCCGAUAUUAACCAAAAUUACCACUUGCUUCUCCUCCACUUUAAAAUGGAAGCUCUGUCACCACAGUGAACUUGAAAGAUGGGUUAAGGAUAAAUUUGUCCUCUUGGGAGAUUCUGCUCACCCAACACUUCCAUACCAAUCUCAAGGUGCCGCAAUGGCAUUUGGCGACGCCGCUGUUCUGGGUGCCCUACUGGGAAGGUUCAACAAAACAAGCAAAGAAAAGCUGGAGGCCUGUGAAAUGACACUACCAAAGGUUCUAGGUAUCUUCGAGUCACUUCAAAAGCCAUACUCGACGCUGAAUGUUAAAGGAGCGGUUACUAAUAGAGUCAUGUACCACCUGCCGGAUGGGGAGGAACAGAGACAACGGGACAGGGAGUUUUCUGGGAUGACGAGUGAGUCACAGAGCGAAUGGACAUGGAUUGACGGACAAUAUCAGAGACAUAUCAUUGGCUCUGACUUGGUGAGGCUAGCUAUGGAUAAGUUUGAGUCGGAGGUCAACGGUGAUAGUCAGGAUUAG